AGUUACUGAGAAUAGAGAAGCUAUUCCUGAUACUUCUACUUUCCUAACUAAGAGUGACUGUUGUGCUUCAUUGGUUGCUGACAAAAAUGGCCAAACAGAUGACGAAAUUGAUGCUUUCAGAAGAGGACAUGAAAAAGACGGCUUUGAAGGUAACAAAAGUCUGGAAUGUGUAGAAUUUACUGGACCAAGCGCUGCUGCACCAGAAGUUGAUCAAUGUCAGGACCAUGAAAGUGUAAAAGAUGACCAAGUUUACAACUAUACAGAAUGCAAUGGCUCUCCUGAUUCAUGUCAGCAAGAUGGAAGUCAAGAAGCUCGAAAUAUUUUGGAAAACCUUCAACCGGAAAACAAGCUUCUGGCGAUGAUCAGGAGGGGAAGGUGACUGAGGACCAUGAAGAGACAUCAAGAACAGUUAGUUGGGAUGAUCAGAUGCCUCAUUAUCUCACAGAUCAUGAAAGCGGAAAUCCCUCCCUGGGAUUGGAUGAGUGCAACGACUCAUUAUCUGAAAGUGCAGAUAUAGGGCUCAAAGAUUGUUCUCACAAUCAAAAUCGGGAUAAAUGUCAUGGUCUAUUUCGUAGAAGAACCAGAAAGACACGCCUGAUCACCGAAUUACUGAAAGAAAGCAAAAUUCAACCACUGAUCACAUUGGAACAGAUUAUCCUCCUAGGAAUGCAAUAUCUGAACCUUUGGAUAAGACAAACAGUGUUGUGCAAGGUCAGGCAGUUUUCACAGAACUUGUGAAAAGUAGGUUUCGGGAUCAAAAGAGAAAAAGGAAGUUAACUUCAGACGAAGAAGGAACAGCCACGGAGCUAAUGACUGCAAGUAGGGAAAACAAUGAUUCACUAAAUGGCAGUGGAAGUGUCGAAGAUGCCAAUGUGCUUUUGCAUCCUGAAUCAAAGGACAGAGCAAAUGCUAAGAUGGUUCCCAGGAUUGCUAUCAAUAAUCAGACUAAGAACGGUAGUUUGAAGUUUCCUGAGAAGAAAAUGAAGAGAAACCUAGCGAUCGAAGAUUUGUCCCAAGCACCUCCGGAGAAAAUGUAUCCAAAAGUGUUCAGGACAAAAUCAAAGCAGGUCCAGCCAGUUCUACUCACAAGUCAUGUCUCAAAUUGGGUCGUUAUACACCCAUCACCACCAAAUUCAACUCCAUCCCUUUUUCUGACCGACUGGUGGAACCAAAUUAUUUUCCCCUAGCACCCUCCAGAGAUACAAGUUCAAGCAUGCGCAAGAAGAAUAACAAAACAAACAACGAAAAGCUCUCUCUGAUUGGUUUGAGUAAAAGCUCAAAAAGACAAUGUCCAAUUACUAGGACAGAUGCUGAAACAACUGGCCUCUGUCCUCCUGCUGUACACUUACAACCAGCUGAAGAUGCUUCUGUAGAAGGUGGGUUUGUUCUAUCUCUCAACAGCCAUUCAGUCGUGCCUGAUGUCAAGAGGAAUCGUCCUCUCAAAGUUGUGUUCGGGCAAGCUUCUUCAUCUUCUAAGGAUGAGGCAACUCCUAAAGAGGGCCACAUUGUGAGGAAAAAUCUAAAUUCCAGAUAUGCAGCAUCAAAUAUUACUUAUACUUGUGAAGUAGAUGUUGCAAAGGGAAUACUUACUGAUAACAACAGCAAAAAAGCUACAAAUGGGACGCCUCUUCUUAGUGACAAGCAAAAGAACCAGUUAAAUCUUGAUAGCAGCACUUGUUGCCGAAUGCCGCGAAUGGAUAUCUCAUGUACAAGUAACAGCAGGAAGACCUUUUGUUCUCAGACACAGUGCACAUUUACAAACCAUCACUUUGAUUGCGAAGCUGAGAAAUCAUCUGAACAAGGAACUUUAGAUGACAUACCGAUGGAAAUUGUUGAGCUCAUGGCAAAGAAUCAGUACGAAAGAUUCCUUCCCGAUGCUGAAAAUGCUGAACAACCACUAGAAACGACCAUUGGAUCAGGUGCUUCUCAAAGUGUAAAUAUUACCAAAGGACUUCGAAAGAGGGACUGGAGUUUACUGUUGAACCAUAAACAGAAACCUCACCCUAAAAGGCUAGAAAUCACAGGCAUAACAUGAGCGAGGAUCAUAUACCCACCAAGCAGACAUCUGUUGCUGGUUCUUCUCUGCCCAAUACGAUUUGUUCCAACAUGAAUCAAAUGGAGAAAAGUUGCCCACCUACUGGGCUUGGUGGAAUCCUCCAGUUCACGGAGCAGCCAUCCGGUGGGGUUGCAUUUUCUUUAUCGGGUUCCGGUGGGCAUAUUAGCAGUCCCUACUGCAGACGAAACAAGCGUAUGGUGGGUGUGGGCCUCGUGUCUGGUAGUGACAAAUCUUCAGUCUCAGUUAAUGGAGUUUGCAAUUCUGUUCCCCUGCACAAUCGAGGAGUGGCACAUCUAUCAGCCGCAACACCAAAUUGCAUGCCCUUUUCUUAUGACAUUCCACCGAAGAAGUUGACUUUGCCUACUAGGUCAGAUGAGUUUCUGCAUGGUUCUAGGACCCUGCCAGUUUUAGAUGCUAAGGGGGGUCAUAGCUCGAGGCAUUUGGGAGUGAAAGGUAUUGGCUUUGACAAGCAUAGGAAUAAUUCUUCCAACAUUAAUGCAGAACAAACACAGCACAAUAGACAGAGCGGGAUGGACCCCCAAAAUCUGUCAGGACCUACGGCGCUGUGUUCCAGUGAGACGAUUUCAGCAAUGCAUUUACUCAGCCUCAUGAAUGCGGGAACACACACAGUCAAUUUGGAUGGAAAUACUGAGCAGCAUCAACGACCCUCCUUUUCUCGUAAGUAUCACUCUAAGGAGAUUGUCGAGUUGGACUUUCAGUCAUACAAGCAGCCUUCUAACAGGAUGCAUCCAUCAUCUGAUUAUUGGGCUAAAGGUACCCUCAGUGAGCAUGUUUCUGCAGUUCCAACCAUUGAUGAGCCCACUCCUUUAUCUCAGCCUGAUAGAAAUUUCAUGGGGGCCACUGAGGUUGCGGCUCAGGAAUCACUGAAGAUGCACAAGAAAGGGAAGAAAAAGUGCCCUGAAAUAGCCACAUCAAAUGAAGCAUACAAUUACAGAUCACAAAAAUGCAUAUUCCCUGGUGGUAAUUUGGUCACAAAUCAUGGAUCGAAUCCAAACCUUGAUGGGCUUAGAAACUUCGUAGAUGCUCCAAAUAAUGUGGCCUUCCCUCUGCACUUGAAUGCAGAAAGUUCAGGGAAGGACAAAUUGGGGACGCAAGACAGAAAAGGAACCCUGCAUCCUUCACAGAAGGACUCUGAGGUUCAAGUAUGUACAGUUAACAAAAAUCCGGCUGAUUUUACCGUGCCAGAAGCAGGAAAUAGGUAUAUGAUCGGACGGAGGGACCUAAAAUUUGAGAAGAGAUAUCCCUUUCAGAAUUCACCAGGCGAAAUUAAUUUUGACCGCAAUCACCAGAAGAAGCAAAAGCUCACUGGAUCAAGUCGGUGCUGAGUUUAGGUCCAUGAUCAUUCCUUCCGAUCCUGAUGAGGUGAUGGUAU